AUGCAACCAGGUCGCCUUCAGGAGUACGAGGUCAUCGGCCGCCACUUGCCCACCGAGGCCAACCCUACCCCGGCCAUGUACCGGAUGACCAUCUUCGCCCCUAACGAGACUGUCGCCAAGUCCCGUUACUGGUACUUCUUGCGUGGUCUCAAGAAGGUCAAGAAGGCCACCGGUGAGAUCGUCAGCAUCAAGGCGAUCCACGAGAAGCACCCCGAGAAGGUCAAGAACUUCGGCAUCUGGCUGCGAUACGACUCUCGCUCCGGCACUCACAACAUGUACAAGGAGUACAGAGAGCUGACCAGGACCGAUGCUGUCGAGUCCCUGUACUCCGACAUGGCCGCCCGCCACCGUGCUCGUUUCAGGUCCAUCCACAUCCUCCGUGUUGUUGAGAUCGAGAAGACCGCCGACAUCAAGCGCCCCUACAUCAAGCAGCUGGUUACCAAGAACCUCAAGUUCCCUCUCCCCCACCGCAUCACCAAGACCAGCACUCAGAAGCUGUUCAGCGCGAAGCGACCUUCCACUUUCGCUUAA